AAUCAUUUUUGUAACGUUUUGCCGCUAGUCGGCAAAGAUAGUAUAUUUUAUAGUUUUUUUUAGCUUUUUGAUAGGAAGUUUGUAAAAUUCGAGACUUUUUGAUGGGUAAAGGUGCUAGUGAAGUUUUCCUCGAUAUAACUGAAGACAUUGUGGUAUAAAAGUUUGAAUUAGACAGAGUGAAUCUCAUUGGCUUCAUAGAUGUCCGAGUAGAGUGCAAUGUGAUCACGUAAUGGCGGGUAAGGCGUUACAGUGGAAAUUAGUGGCGAAUCCCACUGGACCUCAGCCUCGACCAAGACAUGGACAUCGUGCCGUUGCCAUAAAAGAUUUAAUGGUAGUAUUUGGUGGCGGUAAUGAGGGCAUAGUUGAUGAACUUCAUGUUUACAACACAGCUACAAACCAAUGGUUCGUACCUGUAACAAAGGGAGAUGUACCCCCUGGUUGUGCCGCAUAUGGAUUUGUUGUAGAAGGAACUAGGCUUUUAGUUUUUGGUGGUAUGGUCGAAUAUGGCAAAUAUAGUAAUGAACUUUAUGAACUUCAGGCGUCAAAAUGGGAAUGGAAAAAGUUGAAACCAAGGCCUCCUAAGGCAAAUCCUGCUCCCUGUCCACGUUUAGGACACAGUUUUACCCUAGUGAAUGCUAGAGUGUACCUGUUUGGUGGAUUAGCCAAUGAUAGCGCUGAUCCAAAAAGUAAUGUCCCUCGUUAUUUAAAUGACUUAUAUACAUUAGAUAUUCGAAGUAAUCCCAUCCAGUGGGAUAUACCUUCUACAAAUGGACCUUCGCCACCACCCAGAGAAUCUCACACAGGUGUCGCCUAUGUAGACAAGAAUAAAGGCAAAUCAUUCCUCGUAAUAUAUGGUGGGAUGAGUGGCUGUCGUCUGGGAGAUUUGUGGUUUUUAGAAACCGAAACCAUGACAUGGUCGAAGCCACAGGUCUCGGGUACAACUCCUCUUCCAAGAUCUCUCCAUACUUCCACGCUUAUUGGCCAUAGAAUGUUUGUUUUUGGUGGAUGGGUCCCCGUUGUAGCGGAUGAAGUGAAAACUGCAACUAAUGAAAAAGAAUGGAAAUGUACUAGUACUAUGGCAUGCCUUAAUUUAGAGACAAUGAAUUGGGAUGAGCUAAAGAUAGAUGCGUCUCACAAAGCAGAGAACACUUUGCCGUGUGCUCGAGCUGGACAUUGCGCUGUUGGAAUUAGCACAAGACUGUAUAUUUGGUCUGGCCGAGAUGGAUAUCGCAAAGCAUGGAAAAAUCAGGUCUGUUGUAAAGAUCUGUGGUAUUUAGAAGUUGACAAGCCUCCAGCUCCUAGCAGGGUGUCCCUUGUCAAAGCUGCUACUCACUCUUUGGAAGUAAAUUGGACUGGUUCGCCUUCAGUUCAAACAUAUAUUUUACAGAUUCAGAAAUAUGACUUACCACCUCCGGCAGCUACAGCUGCUAAACCUGCCCCUGUACAAGCAACAGUGCCUCCGUUAAUAACAUCGCCAAAACAAGCACAAUCGGUCCUUGGUAGUCCUUCAACUCCAACUCAAGGUGCAAAGACAACUGUUAUUCCUAACCAGAUAAUAGCACCAAAAGUUGUGGCCCCUAUUAUUAAAGCCCCACCAGUGCGAGUUCAAGGAACGACAGGCACAAUAAUCAGACAAGCAACGCCUCAAGUGGCUGGCAAACAGCUGGUGGUCAAACAAGGUGGAAACUUAAUUCAAAAAGCCGGUGGAGUGCAGCAACAAGUGGUGACUUUAGUAAAAACUAGUACUGGUAUGACGUUGGCUACAUUGCCAAAAAGUGGCAACCUUGUUCAAAGCAAGGCCACAGGAACUGUGAUUCCCCAACAAGCAAAAAAUACGAUUGUAAAAAUUGUGCCUAGCAGUCCAGCAAACAAAGUGUUGACUACUUUAAAGACUAUACCAUCAAAUAUGAUACAAAUGAAUAAAACCACGGGAAAAUUGGUUCUUUCAAAAGGGACAGGACAAAUCCCAACACUAAGUAAUCAGCAAGUACUAGUCGUUAGUUCAAAUGCGGGACUGAAGAAUAUACAAACUUUCACGAAUGCCCAGGCUGUAAAUGUGUCCACUGUCAAAACCACUACCAUCAAUGCUCAACCAGUAGCUGCCGCGUCUUCAAUAGCAGGGCUGCAAGGCGUUAAGAUUGCAGGAAAACCGAUCACCAUUUCGAUGCCUAUGCAAGUAGUUGGUUCUCCAAAAACUGUGACUCUUUCGAAAAAUACAAAACAAGUAAUGAUAGGUGGCAAACAAGUAACAGUACAAAUGGCAACCAGCAGCAACAAAACCUUGACGUUGGUGCAGCCUAAUCAAACGGGUGGAGUAGGCAAAAUUGUCCGUUUGCCUAUGUCUUCGGCUGCAAGUAAUAAUUCAGAACAGCCCAAGUUGAUGGUCGUUUCAAGACCCAAACAACCAACUGCAACCAUAGCAUCGACCUCAUUUGAUGGACCAGCAACUACUGAUGCCGCUUUAGCAGCUCUUGCAGCUGAGGCCGGAUUGAUAGAUCCUGAACCCGAAAAGGAACUAAGUGGGAAAAUUGAAGGAGUAUCGGAUGUCUUGGGAAGACCGUCUGUUGCAGAAGGUGUUACGGAUGCAUCGACUGGUGAUGGAGCAACACCUAUGGAAACAACGUUAGGUCUUCUAGGUGGCGGAACGAUACGCACUAAACUUGGUCUGAAAGGGGGGUCAAAAAUAAGAUUAGGCCUGUUUGGAGGAUCUCCCGUAAUACCGCCAAGCAACUUCAGGUUAUGCCUGGGACUACGAGGGGGUAGUAAAGACGAAUUAGAAACGAGCAUGAAACCGACAACUACUACUGCCGAAGCCGAUUCGACACAAAGCACUGUCAACGGGUCGCUGAAACAUACUGAUACAGAUGAUGGCGAAAAGCUGGACAUGGAUAUAGACAUAAAACCCGAGCUCAACGAAAUCAAACAGGAGGAAGAAGAACCCGACACAAACCUAAACAUUAAUAUGGACAUAGCUACCAAAAUGGAACCCGAUAGCGGAUUUGACAGCUCCUUCACCAGCCAAAAAACCGAGAGUUCUUCAGAGGAAGGACGGAAAGAUGACGGUUCGAGUGUGGACCUACUCGCAGCUCUCGCUUCUGCAGCACUAGAUCACUCGAAAGAACAAAAAAAGACUGAUUUAAAUGGAUCCGAACAGCCUGCUAAAGAUACGUGGUAUACUGUAGGAUUUAUUAAGGGUAAUAGUUGUGAUGUACAAAGUUACUUUUUAUUGGAUGACGAUACCACCGAUUUAACAAUAGAAAAUUUACCCGAGUUGUCGAAUUUCCCACGAAUCAAUCUUGAGCCAGGAACGGCGUAUAAAUUUCGAGUAGCUGCCAUCAAUUCUGUAGGACGGGGGGAGUGGAGCGAGGUUUCUGCCUUUAAGACAUGUUUGCCUGGUUUUCCUGGAGCUCCAUCAGCAAUUAAAAUUGCAAAAUCUGCAGAUGGAGCACACUUGUCUUGGGAACCUCCAAGUGCCAAUCAAGGUGAAAUCCUUGAGUAUUCUGUUUACUUGGCUGUGAGAGGGAAAGAAAAAGCAAAUCCUCCUGGUCAGCUAGCAUUUGUGCGAGUGUACAGCGGACCAAGUAACCAGUGUGUGGUAUCGAAUGCAUCUUUGGCAGCAGCCCAUUUGGAUACAUCUACAAAAGCCGCAAUUAUUUUUCGCAUUGCCGCCAAAAAUGACAAGGGUUACGGACCAGCCACCCAAGUCAGGUGGUUACAAGAUCCACAAUCUACAAAUAAAGCUACGAAACGUUUAACAGACACGCAGCCACAAAACGUCAAAAAAAUAAAAUUUGAGAAGGAAGAGAUGUAAAAAAUGAUCGAAUGAAUGAGUUGAGUGUUUGAUGUAAAGUAGUAUUAAACAACUUAAAGAGAGGGCUGUACUUUUAUAAUUUAAUUGUGUACUUGACGGCCCAAUGAUCGUAUUGUUUUUAUCAUCCUUGUCAUAGUUAUUUUCAUUAAAUUUUUUACGAGAAAAAAAAAAGAAAAAGAAACGCGAAACAUUAUUGACCAGUUUUUGUGUUAGUGAACUGUUUUACAGUGCGAAAGGAGUAUGCCUGCUGUUUGCCCCAUUUUUUUACUGUCAUAUUCAUCUUUGCUGUAAAGAUAGUUUUGUAUUAUUUGUAGAUUACAAUCAGGAUAUGUUAAGGUGCUUAGAACAUUGUUUAUACGUAAUAAUUGAAUCGUAGAUUUUUAUUCUACGUAUUGACAGUUGUGGCACACUUUUUGUUCCCACUUAUUUGUAGUCAGAAUCAGAAUAAUGUAAGUUUUACGUUUCUGUUGUGUUAUCUUUCUUGUUUGAAAUAUUUUUACUUAAAUGAGCAACUAUUUCUUUUUUAAUUAUGCUAUUUUUCUACAAUUUAGACUAUAGUUUUAUUCAGUUUGUUAAGUAUUUAAAAAAAUAAUUGGUUAAAACAUUCACUUGUUCAUACUAUAUGAAAAAUUGUACAAUGUAUAUAUAUAUAAAAUGUAUUUUAAUUAGUUGAUAAAACAUGCAGUUAAAUUAUUUCUAUUUGAGAUAUAUUUUUAUUAAACAUAAGUGGGAUCGUUUUUUCCCGAUCAACCCUGGUUCAUUUUGAAAACAUUUUUUUCA